CCUUGGGGCACAGCAGCUCAGCCAUGGCCCUGCCAUCCCCUGCUGCCCUCCCUCAGCUGGUUCUGCUGUUAUUCCUCUUUUCAGCUGGUGACCAGCUGGCUUACACAGGCCAGGAUUUGUUUGGAUGUUGUGGAUGGCAUUCAUUUCACUUCCAGGAUGUGUGGUGGUCAUCUCAGCAGCUGAUAACAUGGUUGGAGCCUAUUUAAAUGGCAUCUUCUGUCUCAGUGCCCAACAUCUGAGGUCCCUGAAUGGUUUGAAAUGUCUGUACUGCAGCUUGUGCAUUGGGAUGUAACUUUCAAAGAAUCUCAGGCAUUUUCCUCUCCAUUCAUGAUUUUUUUUAAAAAAGUGGGUAAGGAAAGAAAAAAUAGUCAUGUCUCUUGUAACUUAAGAAUUGGGAUUUAGCUCACUGUUCCAAUGGCAUACCUUGGUGGGGAAAACCUGUUGAAUUCACCCCUAACCCAGAACACAGUGAGCCCUCCCUGUUUACCUCCUAGCUGGAGCCUUGCUGAUGUCCAGUAAUCUUAUUUUUAAACCAGAUCUGAUUCAUGCUCUGUUUUCUAUGCCAGAUGAGGUCCUUGGUUGUGAGUAAGUGUUGUGACUGUAGCUGGCAGGAGCGCUGCAUGAUUGCCUCACUUCAGGAAAUGUUAAAAUAACACUUUUUUUUCUUAGAAAGCUCGUUUGCACCCCUCCCACUCCUAAUUCUCCUAAUAGCUGCCCCCAGUUUGGCAGCUGUGUGACAGAGGGCUGUUUGUGUUGCUGCGUGAGAGCAGAGGCACUGGAGUGGAUGCAGUGCUGGAGCAGAGGUGCACGGAGCGAGCGGGGAUCUCUGGCCAAGCUGGCUCAAACCUCUCCGAGGUUCCUCUGCAGUCUGGAAGGAAAACUGCUCAACUGUGGGAAGGAUCUCGCUCCUCCCCCUGGACUCUGCAACUGGGGAUUUCUUUGCCUCUUGGAGAAGAGAAGCUGUUCAUUGGGACGAGCCAGGCAAAGGCAAUCCUGAGCGGUGCACAUCUGGACAGAGCCUCCUGGCAGCCUUUGCUGCGGGGCUGGAUGACAGCAGGAGCUGCCAGGUGAAUCCAUGAGCCUGUGAGGAGGCCAGCCAUGGGUCAGAAGGUCACGGGGGGGAUCAAGACCGUGGACAUGAGGGACUCUGUGUACCGGCCGCUGAAGCAGGAGCUGCAGGGGCUGGACUACAGCAAGCCCACGCGGCUGGAGCUGCUGCUGGACAUGCCCCCCGUGUCCUACGAGGUGCAGCUGCUGCACUCGUGGAACAACGACGACCGCUCGCUGAACGUGUUCGUCAAGGAGGACGACAAGCUCAUGUUCCACCGGCACCCGGUGGCGCAGAGCACGGACGCCAUCCGCGGCAAGGUGGGCUACACGCGGGGGCUGCACGUGUGGCAGAUCACCUGGGCCAUGCGCCAGCGCGGCACCCACGCCGUCGUGGGGGUGGCCACGGCCGAGGCGCCGCUGCACUCCGUGGGCUACACCACCCUGGUGGGCAACAACCACGAGUCCUGGGGCUGGGACCUGGGCCGCAACAGACUCUACCACGACGGCAAGAACCAGCCCAGCAAGACCUACCCCGCCUUCCUGGAGCCCGACGAGACCUUCAUCGUGCCCGACUCCUUCCUGGUGGUGCUGGACAUGGACGAUGGCACGCUCAGCUUCAUCGUGGACGGGCAGUACAUGGGGGUGGCCUUCCGGGGGCUCAAGGGCAAGAAGCUGUACCCGGUGGUGAGCGCCGUGUGGGGCCACUGCGAGAUCCGCAUGUGCUACUUGAACGGACUGGACCCCGAGCCCCUGCCCCUGAUGGACCUGUGCCGGCGGGCCGUGCGCCUGGCCCUGGGCAAGGAGCGGCUGGCCGAGAUCCCCACCCUGCCCCUGCCCGCCUCCCUCAAGAGUUACCUGCUCUACCAGUGAGCGCCGGGACACCGGUGGAUGGAGCUGCCCCGGGCCCUGCCCUGCUGGAGCUGCUGGCCGAGGACGGAUCCCUGCAUCCCUGCA